UCUUCCUCCUCCGCGCGUGCACUCUUCCUCCUCCGCGCAUGCAACUUCUCCCCCUGGGGCGUGCACACGUCUCCCUCGCGUGCACACUUCCCCCUCGCGUGCACACUUCCUCCUCCUCGCGUGCACACUUCCCUGUGCUUGCACCCUUCCCCCGCGCGUCCGUCCUCCCCGCUGUCCAUCUCCCCACGCUUGCACGCUCUCCGCCCUCCCUCCAGCCCUUCUCCCAGCGCGCGCCUCCCCACUCCUCCCUUCAGCGCGCACCGCGGUCGGCCGUCAGAAAGGCGCGCGCCCUUGCCUUUAACGCGGGCCCGGGGCGAGCUGCCCGCAUGGCGAGCGAGCUGGGGCCUCUGCGGGCCGGGCCGGGCGGGGGCUGAGGCCGAGCCAGCCGCGGGUCCCGCAGCCCCGGCCGGCGCCCAUCAUGCGGCGGCUGAGGCGCCUGGCGCACCUGGUGCUCCUGUGCCCCUUUUCCAAGGGCCUGCAGGGCCGGCUCCCAGGCCUCAGGGUCAAGUAUGUCUUGCUGGUCUGGCUGGGCAUCUUCGCCGGCAGCUGGAUGGUGUAUGUGCACUAUUCGUCCUACUCGGAGCUCUGUCGAGGCCACGUCUGCCAGGUGGUGAUCUGUGACCAGUACCGCAAGGGCAUCAUCUCCGGUUCUGUCUGCCAGGAUCUGUGUGAGCGCCACAAGGUGGAGUGGAGGACCUGUCUGUCCUCGGCCCCAGGCCAGCAGGUGUACAGUGGGCUCUGGCAGGACAAAGAAGUGACCAUCAAGUGUGGUAUUGAGGAGGUCCUGAAUUCCAAGGCUUGGCCGGACGCGGUCCCCAGGCGGGAGCUGGUACUUUUCGACAAGCCCACCCGAGGCACCUCCAUCAAGGAGUUCCGGGAGAUGACCCUCAGCUUUCUCAAGGCGAACCUGGGAGACCUGCCCUCCCUGCCGGCACUGGUCGGCCAGAUCCUUCUCAUGGCGGACUUCAACAAGGAUAGCAGGGUGUCCCUGGCGGAGGCCAAGUCGGUAACUGAACCAGUGGAAAGUGGAAUCUCUGCUGAAUGGUGA